UUUCUUUCCGAUGCAAUUCACCUAGCUCAGCUGAAUAAUGGAAACUACCGCCAUCACCAUUACCGGCGCCGGCUCUCUACGGCUGUUCUCUCCUUUCAAAACCAAACAACCUUCUUUCCGUCGGCUCCACCGAUGCUCAAUUUCCCCCAAGAAUGGUAAUAAUAGCGACGGAAAACUCAACAGGGAAAGCGAUCUCAAUUCCGAUUCAGCCCUCGCCCCAAUUUUAAGAAACGGAACUCUCUCCAACGAUGAUGCGAUGGCGCUGGUGCUUAGUGCCGCAAACGUGGGCGGGUGGACGACCGGGUCGGGUAUGGAAGGCCCGCCCGUUCCCGCCGGUUCAGAUUCUGAUUCCGUUACGGAGCGUGUGUCCACUUUCCCCUGGUCGCUCUUCACCAAAUCCCCUCGGCGUCGGAUGCGCGUGGCCUUCACUUGCAACGUCUGCGGCCAGCGCACCACUCGCGCCAUCAAUCCUCAUGCCUACACCGACGGCACCGUAUUCGUUCAGUGUUGUGGUUGCAAUGUUUUUCAUAAGCUGGUGGACCAUUUGAAUCUAUUCCAUGAGAUGAAGUGCUACGUGAAUUCGAGUUUCAAUCCAAAUCCAAAUGAUAACAUGAACAUCAAAUAUCUGGACAUGGACGAGGACAGCACCGACAAUACUUUUCCGCCUUUCUGAAAGGAACGCCCUGAGACAUUAUUAGAAAGCUUCACCUCUUGGAUUCAAGUUGCAAGAGUCAGGUAUUUCUAUAACCUAUUAUAUGCAUGUUAUAUUGAUGGUUAUAGGUAUGUAUGCCUCUGCUAAUUCUACUUUUUGUAUGUGAACUAAUUACUCUUAGAUUCUGUUUCGAACCAUGGAAUUGAGAGUGUGGACUUGGAAUUGGAGUUUUUCAUUUCAAAUCCGUUGUUUGGUAACGCCAAAAUGUUUGAAAUUUAGAAUUGAACUACUGUAACACCCAUGCGAUACACAUACCUUAUAUGUGUUCAUAUUCUAGCCAACUCACUUCAUUUCAA